UAAAUUUUUAUUAAACUUAAUUUUUGAUAUUAUUUUUCAUAUACUUAUUAUAUAUAUAAUAUUUCUUUUACAAAUAUUAUCGCGAAGAUAUGUCAGACGCUUUUGAAGAGAUACAGGCAAUUAAAAUAAAAAGAAACAGUUUGCGAGAAAAAUUGCAGAAAAGGAAACGUGAAAGACAUGAAUUAUUUACUCUUACUUCUACAACACCAGUAUCAUCCACCUUGACAAAUGAAUCUUCUCUUUCUAGUGAUUUAAUAGGACAUUCACACCGUUCUGAUCAUAAUGAAUAUGAAAGAGAUGUAUUAUGCAUCUUACAUGAAUCAUUACCCAAUUUACCAAUCACAUCUGCAGAACUAAUAGAUCAACUUCGUAAAAAUUUAAAUGCAGAUGUGUGUUCUUCAGAUAUCCAUAAAAUUUUGGAAAAGUUUGCAGCACAAGAUAUUGUUAAAAUUAAAGAAGUAACAGAAAAUGGUGUCUUUGGAUAUACAGUAUUAUCGGUGGCAGAAUCACAAUCAUCAUAUCAAUCUCAAUCAGAUGAUACUGAAAAUCCAGAAAGUGCAGAAACAUCUGCAUCUGAAUUAAAUGAUUAUGGACCUGCAGAGAAACAGCCUAAAUUAGAUAAGAAAAAUGCAGAGGAUAUAAUGUCACUUAUAUCUAUGCCUACUAUUAGGGAGAAAGAAAAUAAGAAGGUUGGAGAACAAAUUUUAGAUUUAUUAUCAAAGCAAACAUCCAAGGAGAAAUCAUUAGCUGAAAGAUUUCGAUCUCAAGGAGGAGCACAAGUAAUGGAAUUCUGUCCUCAUGGUACACGAAUAGAUUGUGUUAAGUUAAAUGGUGGACCAGGAUUUGCAGAAAAAUGCAAGAAACUUCAUUUCAAAAAGAUUAUUCAAAGUCAUACAGAUGAAUCCUUGGGUGACUGUAGUUUUCUCAAUACUUGUUUUCAUAUGGAUACAUGCAAAUAUGUUCAUUAUGAAGUAGAUGGACCAACAACUCAACCAAAGGAAUCAAAUGAAACAGAUAAUACAAAUAAUAGUACAGUGAAUAAAGGUUUAACAAUAGAUAAUAAAAAUGGUAAUAAUACUUCUUGUCCAGCUCCUAGUGGAUCUUUAGGUAGUGAAUUGACUCUUUAUCCACCACAAUGGAUACAAUGUGAUUUACGUUACCUUGAUAUGACUGUAUUGGGUAAAUUUGCUGUUAUAAUGGCUGAUCCUCCAUGGGACAUUCACAUGGAAUUGCCUUAUGGUACCAUGUCAGAUGAUGAAAUGAGACAAUUAGGUAUACCUGCUCUUCAAGAUGAAGGUCUUUUAUUUUUAUGGGUAACAGGCAGAGCAAUGGAACUUGGUAGAGAAUGUUUACAAUUGUGGGGAUAUGAAAGAGUAGAUGAAAUCAUAUGGGUAAAAACUAAUCAAUUGCAAAGGAUAAUAAGAACUGGUAGGACAGGUCAUUGGUUAAAUCAUGGCAAAGAACAUUGUUUGGUCGGUAUGAAAGAUCCAAGAAUUAAUCGAGGUUUAGAUAGUGAUGUUAUUGUAGCUGAAGUUCGUGCAACUAGUCACAAGCCUGAUGAAAUCUAUGGAAUUAUUGAGCGUAUGAGCCCAGGAACGAGAAAAAUAGAAUUAUUUGGUCGACCACAUAAUGUUCAACCUAAUUGGAUUACAUUAGGUAAUCAAGUAGAUGGAGUUCAUUUGAUUGAUCCUCAACUUAUUAAAGCCUUUAAAAAGCGUUAUCCGGAUGGAAACUCGAUGAAACCUAGUAAAUCAUAAAUAUUUUAAACAAUAUAAAAUAUAUGGAUAAUUAUUUUAUUAUAAAUGUUAUUAGAAUGAAAUUUAGAAUUGCAUUUAAUAAAAUUUGAAUAUAAAUUUCCGAUUU